AGGUACAGCUAACAGUUGAACUAAUCACAGAGUUUUAAUUAUAUGAACAAUGGCUGAGGCUGGGGGAAAUUCAUACCCAGAUCUGGAUGUUGAAGCAGACACCAGUCUACGAGAAUUAAACUUUGAUCAGAUCCGACAUGAUCGUUUUGAUCGGAACAAACAUUUUCUUGAGGCUAUGAAUGCUAGAGCAGCAGCCAAAGUGUUUCCAUCAAGUGAGAUUGAAGAGUCAUCAAAAAAGCACCUCCAUCCUGAGGAGUAUUCUGCCCUCACGAUACAGAGGUACUGGAGAGGCUUCAAAGGGAGGCAAAUCUACGUGAACAAACUGUUUGAAAAAUAUCAGCAGGAAGAGCAACAGCAGCAUGAGAAAGUACUGCGACAGAUGGAGGAAGGCAAUCUCCUGGUAGAAAAUCAUGAGCUGGAAGUGCUGUUAGAAGACGGACGGACAGUGAGAAGAAACGCCAAGCGACUGUAUAUCUUCAAGGUCAUUAAGAUCCAAAGAGCAUGGAAAGCAUACAGGGCCAGACUACAAAAGCAAAAUAGGAACAACUCCAAUUGCACUGAAAACACCAAUUACAAGAACAGAACAGUCUACACAGAAAAAGGUCCCAAACUUGAGGUAUCAAAUCAUGAUGAAGCAAAUGAAACUGCUGAACUGAAAACUGAUGUUGAAACUUUCUUUAAUGAAAACUUUCAGGGAAUUGAGCAGGAUGCUGUUGAAAAUGGCAAUACUCUAAUUAAGGAUUCACGGAGAAAGGAACAGUUCACCUCUGAUGUAACUCCUGAAUUGUCCCCAUCACAAAAAAGGAAAAGAUAUUUCCUGUCACAGGCACAGGAAUUUGCUGAAUUAAAGAAAACCAACUCAAAUGUUUUGCCCUUCAACUUGCAUCUUCACUUCAAUCCAGAUGACUCAUGUGAUACUAAAGGCAAAAGCCUUUCCAUGCAAAUGAUGUCAGACAUGUCACCUCAGCAGAUUGCUGGAGCUAAUAAUUCUCAUCUUAAAACAAGUGAACAUGAAGAGUUUAAAUUAUUUAAUGGUAAAGUUGAUAAAAAGGCAGACUAUUAUGUUAAUACCAAUAUUUGUGAUAAUUCAAAGGGGAGUAAUCCAAGCCUUACUUUGCUAAAUACUCACGGGGAAAAUGCUUGCUUAACAGUGUGUGAUGAUAAUAAUGAAGAUGCAUUUGAUGUGUACAAUAUUGAGACAGCCUUGCCUGAUGUGGAUUGGAAAGUUCUGGAAGAGAAGCUGAAAGCUGCAAGCGAAGAGGCCAAGCUGAUAAAAGAGGCAAGACGCAAUGAUCGUGAAGAGAUUCGCAAGAAGCUUGCGAUGGGAGGAGAUGACGACAGCCUCGAUGAUAACGAUGAUGAUGAUGAGGUCAAGUUGAAGAGACCCAGUCUACAAUCUAGAUUACAUUCCGGACUUCAGAUCUGCUUUAUGAAUGAGUCUCCCGUGGAUACAGACAACGAGGGUGCGUCUCCGCGGCAACACGUGCCCCAUGACAACGACAAACUCGUGUCAAAGGUCAACGGCCUUGUGGACUCAGAUAACAAUCUCAGCUCGGUGACAGAUCUGAACAACCCUUCCCCACCCACCACCUCCAUCCAGUCGCACAGUCCGCCGCGGUUAAAAGCGGACGACAAAAAAGCAGACGACUUCCACUCCAGACAAGAACAACUCCAAAAUGAAGCCAAACUUGCUCUUGCUCAGGCGGGCACUAUGGCCCAUAUGCAGCUGGAGAUAGAAAAGCAGACUCAGAAAAAGUCACCCAUAGCAGAAAUGGCUGGUAUACCGGGGCUGGGUGAGCGGCGCAGGAAGAAGCUGAGCGUGCGCCAGCUACAGCAGAUGAACCUUGCUCAAACCCAGGUCCUGUACAAUGACCUCCAGACACAGAUAGAAAGUCUCAACGAGGACCUGGUUCGUCUGCUGAUGGAGAGAGAUGAACUGCACAUGGAGCAGGACUCCAUGCUGGUCGACAUUGAAGACCUCACCAGGAGAGCGGAGGAACUGGCUGAUCGGGCAAACCGCGACGGAAAGACGAAAACAUGCAAGAUGCCGUCUAGAUAACACUUAGCUGUCACCUAGAAACACAUGGGUCCACGCAAGAAAUUUAUUUGAUGUAUUACAUGAUGCAGAUUUGUGAUGGAAGACUGCAAAUAGAGACAUAUUUGACUCUUAGUGACGCAGUUUUCUCUGGGGAAGUUUAUAUAAUGGAUGCUGGUGUUGAACUUUUUCUGAGAUUUUGCCGAAAUGCACGGUAUCUAAGGAACAUCAUAUGUCUGUCAUAAUUACUGUAGAACAAGAUGUAGCUAUAAUUGUUUUUGAAACAAUUUAAGAUUGAGAUGGGUAAGACUUUGUGCAAACUGCCCUUUAUAUUCAAAUUUUAUUUUUUCUGCAUUGAUGCAAUUAGUAUUUAUUUAAUAACAACUACUUCCAUACUGUUUGCAUCUGGGUUACAUACUAGUUUAUUGAUACCGCCUGUUAUUAGGCCUGUUCAUAGAAAUUGUUUAAUUAUGAAGUAGUAUCUGAAACAGUGGCUUUAUAUAGAUUUUUCAUUUCACAGUAUAGGAAAAUAUAAAGUACAUAGUAGACAAUGUAGUUUAGUGUUGAAUAAUGAAGAUGAGGCACACUCUGGGAAAACAGGGCUUAAUGCAUGUGUGUAAAGUGUUAUCCCAGACUAGCCUGUGCAGUCUGCACAGGCUAAUUAGGGACCACACUUUAUGCCUAGACUGGAUAUUUGCAAAGAGAAACUAUCUUUAACGUAAAAUUAAAUUUAAGCUGUCAGCCCUUUUUAGCUCGUGCGGACUGUCUUAUCUGGGAUGGCACUUUUUGCACAUGCAUCCUCCUGUUCCCAGAGUGAAGCUUACUUUUAAUUAUUUUAGACAUUUUGUGACAUAUCAUACUGUAAAAUCCAUUACAUUAUGCAUAAUGCAUGAAAUCACUUGAGCUUCAGUCAAUCAUUUACAUGCGACAUUUAGUUUACCCUUUCAUAGAUCACUAUUGAUACAUUUAUAAAGUUGUGUGGCCUACUCCAAAGUUUGGGUAAACAUAUCGCAGUUAAUUAUCAGGAAAAAAAAUGUUUAAGGAAAAAAAGCAUGACAUAAUAUAAGUUGUGAUAAAUAGUUUACAAAUCAUUUGUUCCUGACUGAACAAUAUCUUACAACCUUCAAAUUAUUUCUGUGGGCAUUUUAUUUAUAGAUACUUUUCAUGUACAGUUUUUAUUCUUAAGUGAAAGAGUGAACACCUAGAAAAUUUCCGAGGGCCAUUACAAAAUUAUCCCAAAAAAGGAAAAUUGUGUCAAACUUGUUCCAAAAGGGCAUUAUCUGCAAAAUUAUUUCAAUCCGAAAGGCAUGUAAACGAAUAUUUUAAUUGGUUUGUGCAAUUAAUAUCAAGCAUUUAAAAUUGCCAAUCUGAAGAUUUCAGUAUGCAAAUUUUCUCAAUUUCAAGUUUUUUCGCUUUUUUCCCCAAUAUGUAGGGUUCUGGUACUUUUCCCAAUUGGGCCAAAAUAAUGCAGAAUUUGUCAGGGGAUCAGUGUUAAAACCAUGUUCUUAACCAAAUUAACAAUCUCUUCAAAAACAAUUGUAUUAUGUGAAAUAGUUAAGUGACUGUUACACACACAAAAACUGUUCACAAGUAUGUGAACAAAUGUUAAUCACCAUUACAUAACCGUGAUGUAUCAAUAUAUAAGCAAAUCUUUCUUCCAUGUAUUGUUGUGCAACUCAUUGUUGAACUGUGGUCUGACGUGUGUCUUUGCUUAGGACUGUAACAGAAACUUCUUCCAAACUUUGCAUCAAGUGUUGUGAAUAUGUAGUGUAUAACUGGUCUUGUGAAACUUCAAAAGUUACAAUACAGCAUUAGAAAUGAAGCUACAUUAAAACAUUUUGUCACUAAAAAAAUAAUGCAUUUUCGUGUGCUUACUUUUUCACAUAAUGGUUUAUGCAUAUAUGCAUAUAUUAACAAUUUAUGGUUAAGCUUUUGAUUUUGUGUUCACACUGUUAAUUUAUGGAAAGAAAUGGGUAAUUCUGUAAUUACAGCAUAUAUAUAUAACGAUUUUAAGUCAUAUUUUGUUCUCACAAUCUUAACCCUCUUUCUCCCAUAACAAGCAAAGUGAAAAUGGCUAUGUGCAAACAGCAUACAACCAGAACAGCCUGCUACUGUUACUAGCAGGCUGUUCUGUUUUAUGCCUUUUGCAAAAAGCCAUGAUCACUUUGCUUCUGAGUGGGAAAGAGUUAAGUUUUGAAUGCAGACCACCUGAUUCUUACCUCAAGAAAUGAAUGUUUUAAGCCAUUGAAAUGCCUGCUUGCUGACAUGUAUACAUAUGUAUACAGGUUAUUAAAUAUUUAUUGUUUUGUUGAUUAAUGUUGUUUAUUUCCUUAACUGAAUAUUGUUAAGAACGUGUUAUUGUGUUUCUUUAUGCCAUGCCAUAAUUUGUUUUAUAGCAUCAUUUUAUAUAUUAUUUAAUACUUAAGAGAAUAAAUUAUUAACACAAA